CAGCACACGUUUUGCAGCUGAACACCUAAACGGUCAUCAUCAUCAGUGAAAGGCUUCUAGGCUGAAUUAUGCCGGUACUGCUAAACUCAAGUUGUACGGAAAAGUGACGGACAGAGCAGUACAAUAGACGACUGCGGACGCGACGUUCGGUGUGUUGAGGACGGUGAUGAAGAGUCUCAGUCCCUUUGAGAUGAGGCAGCUUGUGAAACCGAAGUUCCCCCUGGUUAUGCUGUUCUACCUGUUAGGAGUGGUGAGGUCACAAGUCAGUCCAGGUGUGUGUCGUUACCCGCUGGGAAUGUCUGGAGGGCAGAUUCAGGAUGAGGACAUUUCUGCUUCCAGUCAGUGGUCGGAGUCGACAGCAGCAAGAUAUGGAAGGCUGGACUUUGAGGAGGGCGACGGGGCAUGGUGCCCAGAGAUCACUGUGGAGCCCGACAGCCUCAAAGAGUUCCUGCAGAUCGACCUGCGUUCACUGCACUUCAUCACGUUGGUGGGCACGCAGGGCCGCCACGCCGGGGGCAUCGGUAACGAGUUUGCCCAGAUGUACAAGAUCAAGUACAGCCGCGAUGGCAGCCGCUGGAUCUCCUGGCGCAACCGGCAAGGCCGGCAGGUAAUUGAAGGGAACAGGAAUGCAUAUGACAUAGUGCUAAAGGACCUGGAACCUCCCAUCAUAGCACGUUUUGUGCGCUUCAUGCCCAUGACGGACCACUCCAUGAAUGUAUGCAUGAGGGUGGAGCUUUAUGGCUGUGAAUGGCUGGAUGGCCUGGUGUCCUACAACGCUCCAGUAGGGCAGCACAUGAUCUUCCAGGGCUUGCACGUUUACCUAAACGACUCUGUGUACGACGGGGCCGUGGGCUACAGCAUGACUGAAGGUCUGGGGCAGCUGACUGAUGGCAUGUCCGGCCUGGAUGACUUCACCCUCAGCCACGUGUACAGCGUGUGGCCUGGAUAUGACUAUGUUGGGUGGAACAACGAGAGCUUCCCAGAAGGCCAAGUGGAAAUUACGUUCGAGUUUGACCGCAUACGCAACUUCACCACCAUGAAGGUCCACUGUAACAACAUGUUCCCCCGGAAUGUGAAGAUGUUCAAGCAGGUGGUUUGCUACUUCCGGUCCGAGACGGACUGGGAAAACCCACCCAUCGCAUUCAGCCCCGUCAUGGACAACGUGGACCCCAGCGCACGUUUUGUCACAGUCCCCCUUCAUAACCACAUGGCCAAUGCUAUAAAAUGCCAGUACUACUUCGCCGACACGUGGAUGAUGUUCAGCGAGAUCACUUUCCAGUCAGAUACUGCAAUGUACAAUACCACUCUGGCUCCCCCAAACACUGACCCCCCGACCAGCACUCAGCCAGGUGAUGACCCCACUCACAAAGUAGAUGACAGCAACACAAGGAUUUUGAUUGGAUGCUUGGUGGCCAUCAUCUUCAUCUUGGUUGCCAUUAUUGUCAUUAUCUUGUGGCGGCAAGUCUGGCAGAAGAUGCUGGAGAAGAGCGAGACCUUUCCAUACAACAGCAACAGCACCCGCUCAUCUUCAUCUAGUGAGCAGGAGUCCAACUCCACCUAUGAAAGGAUCUUCCCCCUGGGGCCUGACUACCAGGAGCCUUCACGCCUCAUCCGCAAGCUGCCCGAGUUCUCCCAGGUCAUGGAGGAAGCCGCCGGGACCAACAGUGCUCCAAAGUCCCCACAAGCCAGUGCACAAGAAGGGGUGCCUCACUAUGCCGAGGCUGACAUCGUCAACCUGCAGGGGGUGACGGGCAGCAACACGUAUGCCGUGCCUGCUGUCACCAUGGACCUGCUGUCUGGGAAGGACGUAGCUGUGGAGGAGUUUCCUAGGAAGUUGCUCACUUUCAAGGAGAAGCUUGGCGAGGGCCAGUUUGGAGAGGUGCACCUGUGUGAAGUGGAGGGCAUGCAGGACUUCAUGAAUGAGGAUUUCUCUUUCGACACCAACCCCAACAUGCCUGUACUGGUGGCAGUGAAGAUGCUGAGAGCAGAUGCUAACAAAAAUGCAAGGAACGAUUUCCUGAAAGAGAUAAAGAUUAUGUCACGGUUAAAAGACCCCAACAUUGUGCAUCUGCUGGGAGUGUGCGUCUGCAGCGAUCCACUCUGCAUGAUCACAGAGUACAUGGAGAAUGGGGACCUCAAUCAGUUCCUGUCCCGUCAUGAGCCCGAGGGCCUGUCGGCCCUGCUCAGCACCACACCCACAGUCAGAUACAGUAACCUACAUGACAUGGCCACACAGAUUGCCUCCGGCAUGAAGUACCUGUCCUCCCUCAACUUUGUGCACCGUGACCUGGCCACACGCAACUGUCUCGUUGGCAAGAACUACACCAUCAAGAUUGCUGACUUCGGCAUGAGCCGCAACCUGUACAGCGGAGACUAUUACCGCAUCCAGGGUCGUGCAGUGCUGCCUAUCCGCUGGAUGUCCUGGGAAAGCAUCCUGCUGGGCAAGUUCACCACUGCGAGUGACGUGUGGGCUUUCGGUGUGACACUGUGGGAAACCCUGAUGCUGUGCAAAGAGCAGCCGUACUCCCAACUGUCUGAUGAGCAGGUCAUUGAAAACACUGGCGAGUUCUUCAGGGACCAGAAGCGGCAGAGCUAUCUGCCCCAGCCGGCCAUAUGUCCCGAUCCCAUCUACAAGCUCAUGCUGAGCUGCUGGCGGAGGAAUGCAAAGGAACGACCAUCGUUUCAGAACAUCUACAACACCCUCCUCGAGUGCCAGGUGUGACGCUGGGGCCGCAUUGCUCAGAGAUUCCAUGCAACAGCCUGCACGCUCACUGAGGUGCCCCAGACAGACACAGCUCUUCUUCCUGCACUGUGGUUUCCUCCAUGUACACAUUUCUGGUAAACUUUACCCUUUAUGCCCAUGUACAGAAUAGUUGAAGUAAAUUCCUAGGUGGGAUGAUACAUUUAUGACAGUUUGUUGAAGGUUGGGGUUAGAAGAGCACUUUCUGAGCAAACCAUUAUCAUCAUCUUGGACAUUUACAAAGAACCGCCAGAGUUCACCCCAUCAAAAAACAAUAUCUCUUGCCAACUAUGAUUAUAACACUUUUUGCAGUUAUUUGAUUUGAUUGAUAGUUGAUGAAAUUGUAAAAAUGUAGCAACCAAGAAAUAAUGU